AUGGCAUCCCAAAGAUUUUGCCUUCGGUGGAACAACCACCAGACCAACUUGCUCGCAGUGUUCGACCAGCUCUUGCACGAUGAAACGUUCAUCGAUGUGACGCUGGCCGUUGAAGGUCAGCACCUGAAGGCACAUAAGAUGGUGCUGUCCGCGUGCAGUCCUUACUUUCAGCAGCUGUUUGUCAGUCAUCCUGAGAAGCACCCGAUCGUGAUCUUGCGUGACGUCCCGUUCAAAGACAUGAAGUGUCUGCUAGACUUUAUGUACCGUGGUGAGGUGUCCGUCGAUCAGGAUCGACUCGCUGCCUUUCUGCGUGUGGCUGAAAGCCUCCGGAUAAAGGGUCUCACAGAGGUGAACGAUGACAAACCAAUUGCACCAACGGGCACCGGGACAACGACAACGACGUCGACGGUAGCAUCGUCCGCUUCCGGCGCGGCACAGGGUGCUGGUGCCGUUGCUACCAACACAGUUCCGAGUGUGUCCGCACAGAAGAACAGCGACAGUAUAACGCAUGUGGACGAUGACGAUGAAGACCGUUGCUCUCCAGCAUCCAACAGUAUUUCGAUUGCAUCGAGUGUUGUGACCCCAGCUGGUCAGGUGCAGAGUACCGGUACCGGUCAUCUGAAGCAACUUCCUCCCCUGCUCUCGUCCACCGGAAUCGUCACACGUAGCCACAGCAACAGUUUGCUGCAGCAGGGUGGCAAUAGCAACGCGUUGCUGCAAACCAACCCGCUGCUCGGUACGGCCCUCUCGCAACAGAAGCGCAAACGGGGCCGCCCACGAAAGCUAUCGGGAAGCGAUGCGGGUGAAGGUGAAACCGACGGUAGUAACUAUAUUGACGGUGGCGCCGGCGAAGAGUACGACAGCAGUUCGAUGGAUAUCAUGGACGUGAAGAUUGCAAGCUCCGGUGCUUCUAACUCGGGCGAUGACGAUCAGCAGCUGCGUAUUGUGAGCAGCCGUACCGAGGAUUGCGACACCCCAAUGCACGAAAAAUCGGAACAAAUGGAUGAGGACGAUGAUGAGGAAAUCGAUGACGAGGCCGAUGAGCUGGUUGAGGAUGACGAUUUGGAAACGGGCGACGAACCUCGCGGAACCACACCAUCGCUGGACGAAUCUAUGGAAGUUACCACCGGCAACAAUGCAACACACAAUGCAAAUUCGAAUCGAACCGGCAGACAGCAGCAUCAACGACAAGGUGGCAAUAGUGGUACGCUGGCAAAAUCAUCGCGAGCAUCGAAACGGAGCCGGAUGGCAACUAGCGAGAACAGCAACAUGUCCGAUUCGAAAGAUUCCUUUGUGGAUGACGACAAGUGCAACAAGAUGGAUGAAACGGGCGGCGAAGAGGACGACGAUAUUGAGGACGAUCAGUAUGAGGAGCGGGAAUUGAAUUCAAGCCUAAUGGAACCACAGCUGUUGUUGGAUGAGUACGAUGAACCGGUUGAGUUUAAAUACGAUCCACGCACGGAUAGUGGAGCGGUGGACACGACCAUAAGCAGUAACAGCUACCUACCGCCGUUGCAACCGAAACCAGGCCUAAAGUUGGUCGGCACUACCAGCGCAACUCGCAUGCCACAGAUCUCGGUUGUACCGACGAAGGCACUGCAACUGCCGAAACUGGCACCGUUGACGACAUCCGGUGCGACCGGUUUUCUCGCUGGUUCCAACAACAAAACCACGGUGAAACUGCACAAACGGACCCGACUGCUGGCACCAAAGAAACCGAACGGCAUGACCACCACGCAAACGAUCCUCAACAAUCUGAACAAUAAUCUGAACGAAAAUUUGAUCUCAACCACGAACGCCACCGGAGGCGGAUCGUCACUGUGCCUGUCCGGCAUCGGUUCCGAGGUGUACGAUAUGUUUUCGGGCAGUGUGCUCCGUUCGUCGAGCCCACGGUCCAACUCAAACUCACCCUCUGUGAAGGGAGGUGGCAGCAGUGGGAAUGAUAGUGGUUCGCGCACACAUAAGUACGCCGUGAUCGACGAUACCGAGGGCAGUGUGCGUGAUUUCUGUACCAAAGAGGGUGACCACGUGUACCGGUGCAAGGUGUGUGCCCGUGUGUACACGCACAUUAGCAACUUCUGUCGGCAUUAUGUUACCUCACACAAGCGCAACGUAAAGGUGUAUCCGUGCCCGUUCUGUCUGAAAGAGUUUACGCGCAAGGACAACAUGACGGCGCACGUGAAGAUUAUCCACAAGCAGGAGUAUGCUCAGCAGCAGACGACGGGAAUUGGCCCUGGUGGGACGUCACCAGCUAGUGGCGGUGGAAGUAAUUCCCGUGGUGAGGAAUCAUUCAGUGCAACGCUGCUCGGUAGCCGGAGCGAGUCAACGAACGGUGGUGGAAGCUCGGUGACAACGGCCUCGAUCAUCAAUGCUGUUGGAUUGCAGCCCAAGCCAGGGACGAACAGUAGUGGCGGCGGUAUUCGCAUCAUGUAUCCCUUUCCCGGGAGUGGUCAAGCCUCGCCGGCGGCUGCCACCACAACAGGAACAGCCGGCAGCGGCACGGUCGGGACGAUUACCAUUAAGAAAGAGUUUCAAGAUAAAACUUCGUCCUCUUCUGGUGCCAACUCACCGACCGGUUCGGUCUCGUCCAGCUCCAGCGGACUCGCAGCUGCCCAACCGGCUACAGCGACAGUCAGCCAGUAG